AUGGACAUGUACGCCAGCGUGCCCAGUAGCAGCGCUGGAUUCAGCGCACCAUUCCCGGCCGUGCUGGUCGCUCAACACGCCACCGGCGUUGACGCAUUCAUACAGGACAUUUGCGACCGAUUGGCGGCUCAGGGUUAUGCUGCCGUGGCGCCGAACCUGUAUCACCGGGUCACGGAUCCAGCAUUGCUCAACGAACAGCCCCGUCCCCGACCGGCCGCAUUGCUCAGUGAUCCGGAUAUCAUCGCUGACGUCAACGCUGCCGUGGAGUGGCUGCGGAAUCACGAUGCAGUGCAAAGCGACCGGAUCGGCGUGACCGGGUUCUGCAUGGGCGGUCGGAUCGCCUGGCUGGCUGCCGCCACCAAUCCGCAUUUUGCCGCCGUGUUGGCGGAAAACAUCAACUGCCCCAUGCUGUUCCACUUCGGAGAGAUCGACGUCAACCCGUCGCCCGAUGACAUGCGAGCGUUGGAUGCGGAAUUGGACCGUUUAGGCAAGGGGCAUCAGUUUCAUUCGUACCCAGGGGCAGACCAUGCCUUCAUGAACCCCGCCGGCGGACGUUACCAACAGGCCGCCGCGGAAGCUUCGUGGCCGCGAACCGUUGAAUUUUUCGACCGGCACCUGAAGGGUUAA